AAAUUAAGUAGCACAAUGUUUAUUACAUAAAUGACCAAAUUUUGACCUGUAAAUUUAUUAAAGAGACAAAGCUUUCAAAGCAACUCACUUUUGAACUUUAGAAUACUAUAUAUUAUAAUUCAAUUAAAUGAAUUCCACCGUUGGAUUUUGGGGAGAACCCACUUCUACAGAUUGGUGCGAGAAUAAUUAUGAAGUAUCAUAUUAUAUCGCAGAAUUUUUUAAUACCUUAUCAUCGUUAUGUCUCAUCUGCGCAGGAAUAUUCGGCUCUAUGAUGCAUUCUAAAGGUUUUGAUUAUAGAUUUUCAUUAUGUUUUAUAGCAAUUACGUUUAUAGGAUUCGGGUCAAUUCUAUUUCACGGAACACUAAUAUUCCCGUUUGAACAUUUUGAUGGAAUACCAAUGAUUUUUUAUUUAUUGAUAUUAUUUUAUUCGGUAAAUGAAAAUAAGAAGGAAAGAAAAUUUGGGAACUGGUUCCCAAUCACCCUUUUCUUGUGGGGAUCGAUUUUUUCGAUAUUAUUAAUAUUUUUGGGGGAAUAUUAUGAAAACAGAAUAAUGAAAUUAGUUGAAUUUUAUAUCUUUCAGGGUACUUUCUUCUUAAUGUCUAUUUGCGUAUAUCUACAUAUAAUUGCAAUCGUAAUUAAUUUAAAGGAUGAAAAAGGUAUAGGAGCAUUAAUGAUUCGAGGAUCUACAAUAUUUUUAAUUGGAUACAUUGGAUGGAAUAUCGAUUAUCAUUUUUGUACCGAGAUGAAUAAAAUAUUGAAUCCACAAUUACAUGCUUGGUGGCAUGUGACAGCGUCAUAUUCAUGUUACUCUUUACUUUUAAUCGCGAUAUUCGACCGGUCAAAAACGCUUGGAAAAAAUCCAAAAAUUAAAUGG